GAAAGAAUCCAACUUUUAUUACUAUUACUUCUUAGAAUAUUUUUUCUUCUUCUUAUUGCUUUGGGCCCACUCUGCACUUAGUACCUACCUCACUUACUAGUCCUUUUUGUUCUUUGCUUCUCUGUUUUUUUUUCACACUCCUUCUCUUUUCUUUCUUUACUCUCUUCUUUUUUUUCCUUGACUUAUUCCUUCUAUUUCUUUCAUUAGUUUUCUAUCUCUCUAUUCCUCUCUCUCCCCCUUUCCCUUCCACCAGCCCCGUAUGGCGUACUAUGAGGCUGACUGUGAAGAUCUACUCUGCGAUGAAGAUGACACGACCUUAAAUCUACUCCAUGACAGUGAUAUUGACAAAUCCAGUCUUGCCGCCCGGAACACUACCACCACCAUUACCGCCAAUAGAAGCAAUUGUAUGCAAUAUGACGAACGACACGAUAAUGAUAACGUGCAACAACAGCAACAACAGCAGGAAGCCAUAGACACGCUAAUGGCAGUCGACGACGGUGUAUAUGACGAUGCUGAUGAUAGCGACGAUUCCGAAUAUUCUUUGGAUUACGAGUACCUGGGUCCUCGGAAUCCCAACUACCGGUGUCAGGAUGAUCCAGACAGUGAUGCUUCUGAAUUGUCGGAUUCGGAUUUCAAUUCAAACUAUCAACAACAACAAAUUACAGGCACCAUGACAACAGCAACACAUUCAACGACAACGACACAAACUGCCGGGUUCGACAUGUGGGAUGAAGAUCCGUACAGCACCAAUGAUUACACAUGGGAAUCCAACGACAUGAGGCUGACUUAUUUCAUCAAAAUUCGACAAAACGAGCUUAAACAGCUGUUCUAUUUACGGUCGUCGUCGUCGUCAUCUCCGCAAAGUUUCUGGAAGAAAGAAAAAGGAUGGCCCAAACAAUUGCCAUCGUCUUGCUCAACGACGAACCAUGAUCAAGCAGCCAGUGCGCUCUGUUUGGUACAAAGCAAUUAUGGCAUGGCAGAGCAAUUAUAUGCUGUGUAUCGCAAUCGAAUUUUUGAAUGCGGUCGUGGGCUUCGUCGUGCCACUAGUGGUGCUGGUACCACCAUCGGUGGAGCACGUUCCGGGCAGUUUCCGUUGCCUGCUGACGCCGCAAAUUCUGCCACUGCGAGAUCGACAAAAAAUCAUGAACGCAUUCAUACUACUACUACUACAACGCAUGAUACGCUUACGUGGAUCGAUAGUGAUCAUGUUCCUCAUUCAUCCUCUUCCUCCGUCCUACAACAGUCAUAUUCAUCAUUACUAGCUGCUGCAUCAUCAUCAUCUUCUUCUUCUUCUUCGUUCUUUCCUUCCUCUUCUGCUUCUUGUUUCGCUCAGCAACAACUACCAUCACGACAACAACAACAAAACGCAUAUUCGCCAUUUUCAUCAUCA